UUCCUUGUCCAGUCCUACUAAUCGAGGAGCGAGCUUUUUCGCCGUGCGAGUACGUUAUUGAAAAUAUUACACUGAGAUUGACCAUGUCUUUAAACCGGCUAUUGCUGCAGACAGCGACUGUUAGCAAGAAUGUAACCCGUUCUGCCUUCACUGCAAGGAAGCCUGACUUCACCAACCCUAACUGGUUACGUGUUGGGAUGGCGUUUGGCAGUACAGCAGUUCUUUGGACCCUGUUGUUCAGGCAGCACAGUGCCGAUGUGCAGGAGUAUAAGAAGAGGAAUGGGCUGGAGUGAUGGACUCAAGCUGUUGAUAAGUUUUAUUUGAUCAUUCAAGAGGAAAAGGUUGGAAGGGGCCGUGCUGUUUGCACUGAAUAUUUCCACGUUGUUCCCUCAGCAUAUUUACUGUUAUCUGUGGUCAUGGAAAGCUUGACUAGCGUGAUAAAGUUAAUAAAUUUAUUUAUGAUAAACAUGCA